CUGUUAUUUACAUGUGCUUUGACCUGACACGUCGAGGCAUGGUUUGAUGCGUUUUGCAAACUACUAGCUUGAUGUAUCUGCUGCUCCGUGAUAAAAUUACAAUAUAGUUGAAAUACACAAUUAUAAUCAUUGUCAUAUUUUUUACUGAAUGUUGGCAUACCUCAGCGAUUCAAUUACGUACUACUUUUCAGUGAAUGACAUACUAACUUCAGCGAAUAGAGCAAGCGACUGCAUAGAUACAUAGGUGAUCGACUGAGUAAAUAAAUCUUGCAUUUUUCCCUGUUUCGAGCGUAUUCUAUCUCAUAUUCCAGUCCGCCAAGAAAUACCACGACUCGUUUUAUCUCGGAAAAUGAUUUUUAUGGAUACACCACGGCAUUCGCUUUUUCUGAUCACAUAUCUUGUAAAGAAAUUACAUGUAGACGUGUCCGCAUGUUGAGUCAUUCAAUCAAGGGAAAUUCGCAGACAGUGGAAGGAUUACCUAUCAUCUUGUGCACCCACCGCAGAACACGCGUAACCUCCGGAACGACCAAUUUCGAACGGGUCAAAGUCUGCGAGUCCUUCAAAAAGAAUACCCGAAAACCCCGACAGACAGGUAAUAGCUUUUAGGAGGUGGAACAACAUAGCAACAUACAGGCAGAUGAGUUCGUGAAUGCUUGUUAGACUCCUGGCUAUAUUAUCUAUAUGUUUUUCGCCGGUAUCUUCGUCGGAGCUUCGCAGAAUUUGAAAACCGAACGACUACAAAAGCAGUUUUCGCAUUCAAGAAACGAAUACUUUUUCACAUUAGCGCCUUUCGCAACGUUCUUCAGGUUUGCUACGGCGAGGACGGUUGGAUUGUUAUUGGAGCAAAAGUCUGGCUUGCAAGUUGAAAUUCGGUUCAAAAAAUGUGGACUCGAAUCUUUUUACCGUGGCUGGCGCUACUGUGUCUGUGCGACUGCGGCUACGCUUACCAACGGAAGCAGACGACGAGCCUCCGCGAAGUGUACAUUUCUCAAUUUUGUUGUGCUUCAUCGAGAUCGCAACGACAAUUCGAUAGACCUUCGUUAUUCUGAAUCUUAUCUUUUCUAAAGAGUGUCGCUGCUCGAGUUUUUUUGCUUUAACUCGGCAUCUAUUGACGAGUCCCACAUAAUCAUGGAUAUAGUCGGAUGACAAAAAUGAAUCCCGACGUCGAACUUUUUCUUUUUUAGGUUCGCCGAGAAGAACAAGAAGCAAUGCAGCGAUGUCGUGGGAGAAGGGCUUCCAGAUAUUUGCGGCGGCAUUCAUUACGUCAAAGCCCGUAAAACUAAAAAGCCAGUUGAUGGUAACUAUGUUCGGUUAACGGCACAAAUGGAAGAUAAAUAUCUCGUCGAACGCGAAGAUCCAUAUUGGCCAUGGAACUUUGCAACAGAUGAGGAGGUAUUAGCUAACUGUGACGAGCUAUAUUCAUUGACAACAGCCUUGCACUCAUUCUCAUGGAAUGUUGAUGCUGGUAUGUUUACGUAGUGAGGUGGACAUUAUUUCUCUACGUAGCCGAAGUCUCGUCUCAACUCCAGCGUCUAUUGUUGGAUAACAAGAUACAGAAAACCACCCUUUCAGCAUCCACUACUUUGGUUUCUGAUCAGCAUUGUCAGAGACAUUCUAUCAAGUGACAGAUGUUGUUAUGAAUUACUGGGUGGUGUCUUUCUCGAGAACUACAACCCCUCAGCCUCAAAUGAUAUUCUUCCAGAUCGACGGAGACAUCAAAGAUCCUGAGAAUGUUAGAAAAGUGUGCUGCUAUUCUGAGACUGAUUGGUGCGCCAAACACGAAGAUGAGCUUACCGAUAUAUGUAAGUCGCGCCAAAUGGUUAUGAAAGAGAAGGGUGCAGUGGUACUUCUCGUGAGUAGAUUGUUGGACAACACGUAAGCGAAUGCUUUUGUCAUGAGUUAUGGCGAAUUUGAAUUAUUGCACAAGAAUUUUAGCGAUACAUACUUCAGUUUAACAUGAAUAGAUUUCUGGUUCCGUCUUUUUGACAGUGAUGCUGCCCCGCAUACGCAGGAACCAAAAGGUGACGUCGUAGCGUUCACCUCUUGCGUAAGAGGAUCAGACUUUCCUCUUACAAGCACAUGGAAUCUUUUUUGAAUGGUCACAAACGAAACACACUUCAGGAGGAGCUGGAAAAACUGUUAGCAACACAAAAUGCGGAAAACGCGCGCACCGAUGAGAAGUUCAGGGCUACGCUGAAAAUCGAAGUGGGCUGCUGCGAACCUGAGAAGUAUUUUUAUUUUCGUUAUUUCACUUGAUACUUGACUAAUGCUCACCGAAAUCAUGACAGAAAAAACCACGGAAAACGUGACAGAACGACACACGAGAUGCGAUCUGACGCAAUGUGCAAGCCUGUGUUUUGCGGCGCGCGGGUUUGAUCGGGCAAUGCCGUAAGCCAGAGGACAGCGUCGGGCGAAAAGUUCAUCCUCUGGUGAUAUGUCCCCACAAGCGUCCGCGGCCUCGAUUUUGUGUGUUCAUCGUCUGCUAGUGUCCGCGGCCUCAAUUGUGUGUACACAACAUGUGUGUGUGUGUGGUGUGUGUGCACAACAUGUGUGUGUGUGUGGUGUGUGUGUCGAUUGUGUGUGUGUGUGUGUGUCGAUUGUGUGUGUGUUUCGAUUGUGUGUGUCCGGAUUCCCUUCGUGCUACAUUUGGUCGCCUGCUCUGCAACUUUUAGUGACUCUUCGCAACUAGACAGAAAGAUAGGACCUGCUGGUCUAGGAGCGCUGCACAGCUAAAUUGGAUCUGCCUCUCUCAUGCUAUCAGGCAUCGGCGAGGCUGAAGGCAUUCCCCCCUGAAGUAAGCAGAUGCUAAAGGCCGGUCACGGAAGUGCUAUCCCCCCAUUUGAGAAAACCAUAGAAAAACCUGUCUUCCCAGUUAACAAAACCAUUUAGAAAAACCUGCUCGUCAUUCUUGCUUUUAUCAAAUAUUCAUAUUGACAGGUAUCAAGAGGAAGUAAAAAAACUCUGGUUAAAGCCGCGAGACACAACCGCGGGCACAACGAUGAGAUGCACCAAGCUGGAGGAGAAGUAUCUCCAAAACACUGUUUGCGGCGGGGCGCAGCCGGUGUUGGAGGGUCAGGUACUGAUUAACAUCUCUACGAGGGUUUGCUUGUCUCUCAUAUCACAUGGUACAAAUGCUAUAUAGUUUUCAAUUGUUUUUUCGCGCUUCCACGUCAUUAUGUAGUACGGGAACAGGUAUGACUUCUUCCAUAGUUUGAAAUGAGGUUUUUUGUUGAUUCGAAAUAAAGCAGGGGUGUACUCACCCUGAAAAUUACACGACAUUCAGUAGCUUGUCAAGCUACUGAAGUUACAUAAUGAUCGAUAUUUUUCAAAGUUCUUAAAUCUCAUUUCUUGGAGCAGUUUGUGACAAAGUCGGAAGAAUUCAAUGAGGGUGAGGAUGCGAGUAACGCUCGUUGGGGGUGCUGCUCCCUACCGUGGGAGCGCUGCAAUAGUCUCACUGAUGAGGAGCUAAAGCAGAUAUGCGGCCCCGAGGAGAAAAUAAACCGCGAUGGAAUCUGGAGACUGGAGAGAACUAAUUUGGUACGUCAUUUGUCUCCUAAAUAGCCUUUGCCAAUGCUAUUCUAGUUUUCGUAAUGGUGAUAAUCUUAAUCUGGGUACCUAUUGUGGUCAUCAUUCUCUCAGAGGUUAAACCGAGAAGAAGAUACUCAUUCUCAUUGAGUCCUCGUUAUAAUGAAUUUCCCGAAAAAAUGGCUCUCGUAGCAUGAACAAUUCUAUUAUGUUGACACAUGCUGGCACUCUGGUCGAUUACAUUCACAGCAUCAUUGGAUAAGUUGGAAUAAACCAUUCUUUCAGGGCGAGUCCAGUUCGUUAGAUCUUGUACGGAUUGCACGAGGAUUCGGAAUUCCUGAUUUGGGAUAUCACAGGAAGAGAACGCUUGCGUAUCACAAUCUUGUGGAUCACUGCUGCACUUAUACAAAGAAAUCGCACGAGGCAGCAGAACAGAAAUUGCAACUGGAAGUUCGACGCCGACACUACAUGUGGAAGAUGAAGUAAUACCGUAUAAUACACUCUGUUGUAGGCAGCAACAUGUGAUCCUGAUCCCAAUAUCCCAUUAUGGACGUUUAUUGCAUCUCUCCUUCGGUAAUCUACUUCUCAUGUGCCUUCUGGAGAAGACUUCUUAAUCGAUCUCCUGCUCUUCCAUCUUUUUUGUGUGCGGUUCCUCAGAGCAGCGGAUGCAUUCCUCUUAAUCUUCGCUUCGCGGUUGCAGUCCUAGUCGUGUAGGAAAUCGUAGUUACCGCACGGUUUUUACACCGUAAACAAAAUCCACAUCACAUCAGUCCCGCCACUGGCAAAGAGAAACUGUUGGACAAAGUAUGGGCGGCCUCUGAAACGAUGGCUGCGCGGGAACCGUCGUGGAAGAAAAGACUAUGGGAAACGAUAACUGAGCGAAAGCCAUGGUUUGAUAAGACGAAGUGGCUUGCUAAGGAGAGUUGGAGUGCUGGGAAAAAAGAGUGUAAAAAUAUCUGGGAUAGUUUUAGUCCCACUGUGGAAGAGGCUAACUUCUGGCUCUGUGGCGGGGAGCGGAGCCAGGGACUUGCUGAGUCGCCGAAAGUACUUCCUAUGACACAAACAACUUUCCCUCACCCUCGUCAGUCAUUUGGGUUUUCCUCUUGCGACAGUUUUGAAACUGAACUCUUUACGAAAUGAAAUGUUAUCUGAAAGGGCUAUUGCAAUAAGAUUUGCAUUAGUCAGCCAAGCUGAAUUCUCCACAAACCAUUUCGAACAGCCUUCAGAAGUGACGUUCGGAACAUUUACUGGCGAAAAGUGGACCAAUUCAGCGGAAAAGGAAAAUACGCUGGCUCUGCUAACAGUCAUCAGUGAGAUUCAAAAAAAAUGCUGCAGUGAUGUUCCAGUUGUCGAUAUGUCAACGUACCUACUUACUCUUACUCAGAUCGGUCUUCUCCUACUUUUAAGUCGUUUUUGUAGAGCUGGAAUCAUUCAUUUUUUGCCUUGUUGAGGAGCAUGUUUAAACCUUCACGGGCAAAAUGUAUCCUUGUCUACAGAGCCAUUGCAUCCAGCACAUGAAGUACCGAAGAAACCACUGUUGUAUCUGCUAUUAGUUUCAGAUUUAUAAUUUGGAUUUUUUAAGAUAUAUAAGUUAUACUUAGCUCGACGGGCUCCGGCUCGUUUCGACUUCAGAGACUAGAACCAACCUAGUUACUAGUAGGAGAGUCCUCACUUCAUCAGAGUUUCAUUAAUUUGGUUCCUCAUACAGGGAACCUCCUCGGACCAAAACAGUGAAGUGCUCUGACGUUCCGAGGCUGGCAACCGAAGCAUCAGAGAUGGGGUAUGACUCGCACGUUAGUCGCCACAGCUAUCCGCGUGCGACUUAUCAUGGUAAUGAUAUUUUCAACGAGCAGAGAAUGCAGCGCUGGAUUCGCGAACUAUGCGGUGACGCCAUCUCACCCAGCGACUUCAUCAGCUCUACGCCCAUUUCGGUUCCGGAUCACGUAGUCAAGGAUCAGGAGACAUAUUUGCGCGGCAGCGUUGUCCCUGUCGUACCCGCGAAUGCAUGUUAAGACGGGCAUCGUAAUUAAGCCAUUACCUCAGGCAAUUUUAUGAUUUUACCUCAGGCAGAUUCGCUCUUUUAUGAUUUUGCCUUGAGAAAUAACUACAUACUGAAUGACUUGUCCUUCGAUUUCAACCCUACUGCCAAUGCAUACUGAAUCAUUCGUUUGUUGAUUUUCUAAGUACAGUGGUGGUGGAGUGAUCAGUACGGAGACCCGAUGCCAGCUGCGACGCUUUACUUCAGCAGGUGCUGUCCAGCAAAGCAACAACGUGGGCUGAAGCGAGAGGCGGAUGCUAGCGGGUCGAGUGUGGAUAAGCCGGCUGAGAAGAGGACGAAUCAAGAGGAAGCAUCUUACGGCUACCGCAGUCGCGUCCCCAGGAGAGCUGUCCGUAGUUAUUUUUUCACAGAAAAAAGGAGGUGGGAGUGCUCUGAGGGAUGCGACUCUGGGAGCUCUAACCGAGUAGCGGAACUCUUGAAAGCGGCAAGACGGGGAACGCGGGAGAGGAGCAGAGGCGAGGCGCGGAUGCUGGCGUGUCGAGUGUGGGAAAGCUGGCUGAGGAGAGCACGAAUCAAGGGGAACUAUCUUACGACCACCGCAGUUGCAUCCCCAGGAGAGCUGUCCGUAGUUAUUUUUUCACAGAAAAAACAGGCUGGAGGGCUCUGAGGGAUGCGACUGUGAUAGUUCUAACCGAGUGGUGGAUCGCUCAAGACGGGGGACGCAAAAAGCCUGACUGCCAACGGGGGGGGCGGGAGAGCAGGCGCGCAAACUGGAGGAAAGAAAGGGAGGGAGCACCGACAGGAAGGAAGAGCAAGAAACAAAGGGAAAAGCGGCUAAGGCAGAGGCAAAGCAGGACCGAGAAAGCAACGGCGGGAAGCCCGCCAGCGAGAAAGAGGCUCCUGAAGAAGAGGAGCAAAAAGAGAAAGGGAGCACCAACGGGAAGGAAGAACAAGAAACAAUGGGAAAUGCGGAUGUGGCAAAGACAAAGCAGGAACAAGAAAGCAUCGGAGAGCCCGCCGGCGAGAAAGCGGCGACUGAAAAAGCAGAUAAGGCAGAGAAGGAAGGAGAGGAACAGGAGGAGGAGGCUCUGGAACCGAAGAAGGAAGGCAGCAGUUGCUGCUAAGAGGCGGCGGGUUCUUCAUACUGAAGAUCUCGUCAGAUAGUCUACCGGAGAUGUGGACCGUCCUCGGCGGUCUUGUUGUAGCACGGCGUUGUACUACAAUUACUUACUUAUUUUCUAUCAUACUUUGGAUAUUUGAGGAUCAGUCUCUCAGAGCCACUAUAAUGUAAUGUAGCUUUUCGACAAGUGCCACAAUGUAAUUAAUUAGCAAUAGUUUGUUUAUCUUCAUGUUUAAGUUUUUGCAUGGGUGAUCCUCCUUGUGAGAUAAUAGUCGUCCUUCUGAUUUUUGCAUACUUUUCGGCAUCAUGAUUAGUCGCUCCCAAUUGUAAGACACUCUCUUAUCAUGAACCCUGGUCUUCUGAUUGCUCAACCCUGGUCUUCUGAUUGCUCCUGGGUUAAUCCCUUCAUGCAAUCAUUAUAUGUACACACUUAAGACGAUCCAUACAUGUAUUACGCGUUCGCACAUCGAAGGCUAUGCCCUUCUGUUUACUCCUUAUACAAGGACGGAAUAUUUGUACCGCAUAUUUUUAUUUUGUAGAACGAAGAAAUCAAGAUUUUUGUCAUUGAGGUCUAAUUCAAUCGCAGGAGCAGAUAAAGAACUAAGUUCGCUUUCUUGGAUUAAUCAACACCAGAUAGAUAUUACAUAAUUUUCACAAAGUCACAGAGGAGGCUCUAGGGAAUCGGAGGCGCAACCCGAGUCGUCGAACGCCAUAAUGUCACGUCCUUUCCAUCGCCUCCGAAGGUGAUUUUUCUCGAACAGAUAUCCGCUUGAAAAUAUGAUAGUAACCACCGCCAUUAGCACAGAAUAACUGAGAGUAUAGCAAGUCAAGAACCGACUGACCCAGUAAUGUUAAUAUACGCAUUCCUAAAUAAUUAGAUUCACAGCCUACAUAAUCGAUGAUUUUUGACUUAACAACACGAACAUAUCUUCUAACGCAUAAACCAAAGACCUACGAAAUGCACAUUGAUGCAGGCCACACAAAAGACACGAACAAGGUGCAGCUGAUGUGGAAUUACUUUUAGAAUAUGAAACCGGGAGAUUAGACUGUAAACUGAUUCACUGAACAACAAGGAAACACGAAAACUUGAAAAAUUAUCACACGUCUACGCAAGACCUAGUCCGACACAGAGCAACUACAACACUCCUGAUCAAAAAUCGAGAAAAUGCCUCUGAUGGUUCCGGUCACGGCGAGGUUGAGAGCCAUGCUCUUCCUCG